AUGCCUCCCGGUCUUGACUCCCUUAGCGACGGCAACUUCGGCGGCAUUACCAAGGAGGAUCUGAUCAAGGGCUCGGUGCGUACAUGGAAGCAGAAUGGCAAGACAAACGGCGGAGGCUCUGCGGACCCACCAACGAAGGUACAAUCGCCAACCUAUUGGACCCCUGAGCGCGCCUUCAAGUCCUGGGAUACCGCCGAUAAGGGUUCCAGUGAUAAUUACCCGUGCGACAUCCCGCCGGGCAAAGACACCUGUGGUGACUCUACUUUUGAGAAUAAGACUAGCGGUGGAUCGCCGCUGGUUGACGACUGUAUGGUCAUCAUUCAGAAUAUCCAGGGUGAUGCCAGCACGGACUAUACUACGCAGGUUGUUGGCAAGAACCAGCGCGAGAUUGCCUCGUUCGGGACAUGUGCGCUAGGCGUGGAGGCCACGAAGGUGAAUGGGAAUGUGAGUUUUGUGGUUGGGGGGCAAGAUGUCAUUGAUCUGAUCAAUGAGUCGGUCCAGCGAUUCGCCAGCGAUGGCAAGGUCGGUGCAAGAGGCAAUAUGGAUUGCAAUGAAAACGUGCAUUCUCAGGCUGUUCUGUGGGGGAUCUAUCAUACUUAA